GAUAUUUAUCAAUAUAUAAUUGCUUUCAUACUUUAAACAUCGAAAUACUGUGAUAUCGAAAAGUUAAAUUAAAAAAUUAAAAUGACCGCAAAAAAGAAACCAUGGGUUAAGUCGGCAUUCAGCCAGCUUAACAUGACACCAAAAGCCAGUCCAGUUUCGGCGCCCUACAAACGCACAAGAAGCGGCAGGGCCACAACUUCUGCCAAUGUAGGAACCGCAAAUGUAGAAUCCACUAACGUACGUAAACCACAAAUUGUUGACUUGACCGUGAAUGAGGAUGAUGAAGAAGUCAAUGCAGCGACACCUAUUGUGAGUGAGAACUGGAUGGAUUGCUUUGCGCCAAGCACUAGUGAAGACCUGGCUGUACAUCCCAAGAAAGUUGGCGAUGUGCGCAACUGGUUGCAGCACUGCGAGGCGAUGCGAAAGAAGUAUCCGGCCCAGAUUUGUCUAUUGACAGGACCAGCCGGCUGUGGUAAAACGGCCACGCUUCGUGUAUUAGCCCAAGAACUUGGAUACGAGCUGCAAGAAUGGAUCAAUCCCACUGACUGUGAGGAAAUCAAUGCGCUGGGCGAUCAACCCAGCGAUGGAACCUAUAUGGGCUCACAGCUGGAGGCCUUUAAGAGCUUUCUAUUGCGCGCCUCCCGCUACAAAUCACUGCUGUCGGCGCAGAACAAGCGACUCUUGCUCGUUGAAGAUUUUCCGAAUGUAUUGUUAAAAGAUGCAGCAGCAACUUUUUCAGAUUUGCUAGAUGAAUAUAUCAGCUAUGGCAAGUCGCCGCUUGUCUUCAUAGCAGCCGACAGCAAGUCACGUAUGCUCAACAUCAGCUACAAGUUGUUCACGGAUCAACUAAAAGCAAAGCUGCGCAUUGAACACAUUAGCUUCAAUUCGAUAGCAGCGACUAUUAUGCAAAAGUCUAUGAAACGCUUUACCACGCUAAUGCAGCAACAGCAGCACAAGAGUCUGUACAAGUUGCCCACACAGACUGUCUUGGACUCGAUUGUGGUGUGCGCCCAAGGCGACAUUCGGAACGCGUUGAUCAAUCUACACUUUGGCUCACUAAAAGGUGCGCCAAGCAUGGUUACCAAGCAGCUAAAUGUCAACGCGCCAAGCAAGGGCCGCAAACGGAAAGCAACAAAUACUUUGAAGUCCAUUGGGCGGGACGAGUCAAUAACUAUGAUGCAUGCGCUGGGUCGCGUUUUCAAUCCCAAAUAUACUGAAGAUAGGGACAAGUGUCUGCUGCAUAAUCCUGAGGAUUUAGCUGAAGCUUUUAGCACAGAGCCAAGAAACUUUGUAAACUUUAUACACGCCAACUACCUGCCGCAUUUCCAGGACAUUGCGAAUGUGAAUUCCGCGGUCAACGAUCUAGGCGUAGCAGACAUGCUGCUGCAAGAGUACCGCGACGAAUCGCUCUCCUUGGUGAGCCUCACCAUAGCCGUGCGUGGCUGCAUGGUUGCCAAUGUGGCGCCUGUCUCGGGCUGGAUGCCUGUACGGGGGCCCAAACGUCUAACGAUUGAACCACAGCUGACGCCAGCAGAGCAAAAGCUACUGGGCGUGGCGUAUGCUGGCAUUUCGAAACGGCUUUAUGCCAGUGAAUACAGCUCAUUUAUAAAAACCAUAGCUGAUAACACAAAGUAGGCAAAUUGAUAGAUAGAAUACAUCAAAUAUAGUAGCAGUUUAGUAUAGUGUCUUGAAAUAUUUAAACAAAUAAUUGAAAUAUUACAAUUCAACGUUUUUAUUCAGUUACAAAUCGGGGUUAUCUAUAUAAAAUUUCAAAAAUUUCCUCAAUCUUAUGCUCGACAUUUUAAAAGCAAUUUGGCGGUUUUUAAUUUUUUUCAUUCGGGUUUUGAAGCAUUGAUUAUAGCACAAGCGUGAUAAAACUACAUAAAAAGCAUUUUUGAGUUUCCAUCAAUUUGAAGGUGUCUUUAAUAAGCUUAUACCUACAACUUAGGUGUUAAACGCUACUUAAACGUUAACGGAGUUUCGAUAAAUCAUGCAAC